ACAUUUGCAGAAACAGGAGAAGCCAAAAUCAAUAGAUUCACCUAUCCUAGUUGUCAGCUUGCCAACCUCUCUGCAUUUGGCCAAGGGGCCUUUGCCUUCCUGCCUCUCCUAUCUGGACUGCUGGACAGCAAGUAGCAGUGGUGCCUGUCCAUCCAGAUCAGUUGUGUUGUAACCUGAAAUAGAUCAUCUGGCUGGAUGCAUGAAGCAGAAAACCCCCAAACAUGACUGCUCCGGAGUGAAGCACUUUGGUCCAGCCCUCAUUCCUAAUCCUACUUGAAAUGCCUCAGCUGUUUGGAAACUCAACCCAUUUGCUUUUGAUAGCUGUCUCCUUGCUGCCUUGUGAAAUGCAUACACUCGUGAAUCGCUGCCAGUCCCAUUCUUAAAAUAGGUCUCCUUUCCUUUCAGCUCCUAACGCACUCAACUCUUGCAUGUUUGCUUUAUUUAUUUUCUUUAAAGCCUCCCCCUUCUAGACUCCUUGGCUCAAGCCCUUCUUUCCCCUUCCUUUUUCCACCAUGAAGAUCAAAAUAGCAGCCCUUUUAGCCGCAAUUCUGGGCGUCCUCAGCAUCUUCCUUUUUCUAGUAGCCUUCGGGACAGACUACUGGCUGCUGGUGACGGAAAAGUGUGGAGGAUUCGAAGCGAAGAACAGCAAUCUCUCCUCUGAAAAGGAUGGAAAGCACGUCUGGAAAGAAGGUGAUAAAGGGAUUCUGACCUUCCAUCAUGAAGGUUUCUUUUGGCGAUGCUGGUUCUUUGGCGAAGAUUACAAAGCGACUAUAUGGAAUUUCUGGUUUACCAGCCAAGCCCAUCCUAAGCACUGUAUGAACGCCUACCUGUUCCCAAUGCCUAUUGUGUCUGGGCCUCAUCCUCACCCCUCUUAUGAUGCAACUGCAGUGUACAGGGGAUUCUGGACAGUCUUGAUUGUCCUGGCCAUCACUGCCAGCCUUGUAGGAGUGUUUUUGCUGGUGUGCGGUGUGCCCUUUGUCAAUGCGAGAUUCUAUAAAGUUGGAGGCGGAUUCCUUAUUGCUGCUGGAAGCUUAUUUACCGUGCUCGUAUUUAUGUUUGUGGUGUGGAAGGAAUUUGCGGCUGAUCUCCGUAAAUACAUAUUACUGGAAAGAAGUGAAAGGUGCCCAGAUGAUACUCCUCUAUCUGUUUAUUACGGCUGGUCUUUUAUGUUUGUGGCUGCUGGGAUACCAUUAGUGCUGAGUUCAGGUCUUCUCUUCUAUCUGGUUGGACACACCAUCCUAAAGGAGCUUGAGUAAAGGCAAGGAGGAUGCUCCUUAGCUACCACCUAGGAAGGAGAACUGUCUUCUUAGUUGUCCCAAAGGUGAUUUUUCAAGAGGCAACUGGACUUCUUUUGUUUUUCUUUGAAGACCUUUUGCUUCUCAUCCAGGGAGAGUCUUCAGUUCUGCGCACUGAAUUGAACUGGACCAGAACUGAAGAAGCUUCUUG